ACCCAUACAACUCCCUUUCUGUGGUGCAACAAAUAAAAGUUAGAGAGAGAAUAAUAACUCAUGGAAGCAAUAUAUAUGGAGCGCUAUAGAGAUAGAGAUAUAUAUAGAGAGAGUGUAUGUAUGCGUUUGUGUGUGUGAGAUAGAAAGAGAGAGAGAGAGAGAAAGAGUUGUUGAUAAAAGCAUAAUUUUUUUUUCUUGGUCUUUGGAGGGUCAUGUAGAUGUAGCAGCUCCAAUAGAUUGGUUUAUUUGAUACCCUUUCUUCUUCUCUAUCUUAUUUUUGUUUUGAAAUCUGAAACCUUCAAAAUCGGUUUUGGGUGUGAGUGAAUCUCGUGAGUUGAGAUUUUUUUUUUCUUUCUUUCUAUCUUUGCACCGAUGAGGAUCCGGAAAAGGCCGGUGCUUUUCCCUUCUUGGCUCUCGCCGUUGCGUCUCUCAGAUCCCCACCUGAUCAACCGGUCACCGGUGGUGGUGCAACUAAGCGACGCUACUUCCACCGCACCGAAACUUUCUUCUUCUGCUGCUGCAGUGUUCCCUCACCAUGCUGCUUCCGCGCCUCCGUCGAGCUUGGAUCGUUGCCAGCCGUCUGAUCAGCCUCUCCCUUCGAUCGGGAAACGAAGCAACGGCUCUGAUGAUCCCUCCGGCAUCGGUGAAAGUGGGGCACACGGACAGCACAACAAGCAAGACCCUUUGGACGAGGUUGUUAGAAGGGAAGGUGAGAGUGGGGAAGACUCGGGAGAGAAGGGUAAUCAUAGCAGAAAAGGACGCUCUUUUGGUUCGGAAAAAACACAAGCUGAGUUGUUGCCACCGUUAAGCCCUUCUUCUACUCAAGAUGGGAGAUGGUACGAGGGAGAGAAGGCGAUUCCGCUGAAGAAAAGGAGAGGGAACUUCGAGGAGAAUAAUAAGAAUAAUGCUGCUACUCAUAGCAAGAAGAUGAAGGCGAAGAUGAAGACGAAGAUGAACAAGAAAUGUUCGACGCGCAACAAGGAGGAUAGCAUGGGAGAGGAAUUAGACGAGGAAGAUGAAGAAGAGAAGAAGGUAGAAGAAACAAAAGCGGAAGUGAAUAUUGUGAGUAAAAAGAGAGCAAGGGGUAGUGCACUCAUGGAAGGUUCUAGGUGCAGUCGUGUGAAUGGGAGAGGGUGGAGGUGCUGCCAACAAACGCUGGUUGGUUACUCGCUGUGUGAGCAUCACUUGGGGAAGGGAAGGCUCAGAAGCAUGACAAGUGUUAGAAGCCGUUCCAUUGCUUCAACUGCACCAAAGGAGGUGCACGUGCACCACUUGCCUGACCCAUCUUCUUCUUCUUCUUCUCCUCCUCCUUCUUUUUGUUCUCUUGAUCAUGAGAAGCAAAUUGAGUGUGUUGAUAAUGCUGAGCCCUUUGGGGAUGAGGAGAAGAAGCCAGAGAUAAUAAUGACGAAGAAGAGGAUGAAGCUUGGCAUGGUGAAAGCCCGUUCCAUAAGCAGCUUGCUGGGGCAAACAAACACCCAGAUUGCUGCUGUAGCUCAUGAGAAUAGCAAGUAAGGCCAUAAUAAGUACAAGUGCAGAAAACGGUUAUUAUUUCAUGUACUAGAGGGUUGAAACUUGAAAGAUAUUUUUAAUACUAUAGUUUAAUUGUCUUAAUACUUGGUGCCACUGCAUCUUGUUCAACUUGGUGGUGCUUUAUCUUAUAUCGUAAUUGUGUUUAUAUAUUUUGCUACGUAUUAAUUUUGCAAUGCUUUCGUUAUGGUUUGUGGGAU